AAUCCAUGGUUUAUCGACAUACUUAAAUCUUUACGAUCUUCGUAUGUACCACCUACUCGUGAAUAUCUUUCUAAUACAUUAUUAAAUGAAGAAGUGAUUAAAAUUAAUUGGGAGACUGAGAAAUACUUAAAAACUGCAGAUAACUUGACACUUGCUGGAAGUUAUCUAAAACGAUAUAUAGAUGAAUUGAAUAUUAGCGGAGGUGGAUUGAAGCUUUUUAUAGAAACUAGAUGGACAUCUGCGUAUGAAACGGUUAAUUCUGUGUUUAGACUUAAACUUGUAUUAGAAAAGGUUUUAAACGAUCAUCCUGAUGCUAUUACCAACCAAGAUGUACGAAUAAUUUUAAAGUCUCGAGGAUUCUUUCAUGACGUGGAACAAAUAUCCAAAAUUUUUGCUCCAAUUAGAGCUACAAUUUUGCGAUUAGAAAGAGCGGAUUGUACAAUGGCAGAUUGUUUUAUUCAAUUAGUUCGUUUAAUUGCGACUAUUUCUCAUAUGUCAAAAGAAAGAGAUACGAUUGCAUUUCAAAAUCAAUGCAUAGAAAUUGUUAACAAUC